AUGAACAAUUCAGCAUUGCACGGAUUAUGUCCGACACCCUUCUAUCAGGAGUCAUUCUUCCCGUCUACCGGCGGCUUCAUCGACGGACGUUACUGUGAAACAAUAACAACGCCGCAGGGCAAGGUUUCUUGCUGCCUGCCGUGCCCGUUAGCUUCAUGGACAUAUGGUGACGAUCUGAUCAACAAAACCCAGGCCGCCGGCUGGAUCGGGGUCGCAAUCCUGCCUCUUUGUAUCUUCCUCCUGGUAUCGUACGCGGUACUUCCUGCCAAGUUGACGAAUCGGCAUUAUCUGAGCAUCUGCUUCACACUGGGAAUCUGCUGCAUCGAGAUCGCCUUCAUCAUCCCGCUCGGGAUCAAUCCCCAGCAAUGUCAUAACCAGAUCACACCUAACGAUAUGUACUCGGACAUUGCGUGCGCCUUUACCGGUUCGUUACUCUUGUUUGGAGGCUGGGUAGCUGUAACGUGGAGCUUUAUCCGUACGUUGGCUUUCCACCUGCAAGUAUGUUGGGAGGUGAUGCUGGGGACGAAAUUCAUGUGGGGCGCCUUCGUUUUCGGCUGGGGCAUUCCGAUCAUUGGAUUGACGGUCAUGCUGUGCUUGACGGGGGUGUCCUACCGAUUCGGUGGGACGUGCCAUAUCAAUGUGCACAACAGCAACCGGGUUUACUGGGCCCCAGUGGUGGCGUUUGCGGCGGCGGCUCUGGUCCUGCAGCUGGGCACAAUGCUGUACUGCAUUCACGUCUACGUCAAAUCGAUCUUCGACAAGAACCCCACGACCAACAGCUCGGGCCUCCCGUCGUACUCGUCCAGCGUGCGCACCAUGACCGCGCGCCAGGCCUACCGCCGCAUCCGCCGCGUCAUCCAGCUCCAAUGGCGAAGCAUCACUCUGAACCUGAUCAUCAUCGGAAACGUGAUCUUCUUCGCCGUGGUCUUUAUCAAGAUGGACAACAAACUGGCCGUGACGCCCGCCAACGUCGAAUUGACUCUUCCAUGGGUGGGGUGUCUGGUCGCCACGGAGGGCGACAAGCAAAAGUGCUUCUCUAAGCUGGAGGGCGUGAUCCCCAAUCAGGCCACUCUUUUAGCCGUCAUCGUCCUGCUGUCGUUGGUCGGCUUCUGGAACUUCAUUCUCUUUGCGCGCCCCUCGAUGUUCCUGGGCUGGUCCGACCUCUUCAGGACGAAAUACACCCGCCCCAACGAGUUCGUCUCGGCAGACGCACGCCGCACGCCGGACUCGCGCGCCUACGAGAUGCUCGACAGCUCCGGCGCGCCGCCCUUCAAGACCCCCGAGCCUGUGAUCCGAUCGCCCAGUCCCGCUCGGACGUCCGGCGCCCGCAGCCCCGAUACCGACAGCUAUGGCCGCGAGGCGCGCUACGUGAGCCCCACGAUGAGUUUCUCAUCGCCACGCCCGCCCAGUGCGUCGCAGGGACAUGGCCGCGAGUGGGAUCCCCAAGCGACCUUUGCGCCAGGGCACCCACGUGACGGAUCGCAAUGA